AUGAAAAGUUCUUUUUGGAAUUUCAUAAAGCAAAAAAAAGAUGACGAUGACGAUACAAAACCAACGAAAGCUCAUUUAGGUGAGGACAAUAAAUUUUAUUAUAAUAAAGAGUUAAACAGAUGGGUUAUAAAAGGUGAAGAAGAUAAAAUUGAUGCUGAAGAAAAAAUGUCUGCACCUCCCAAAAUGAAUAAUUUGCAGAAUCCUAAUUAUUGUUAUCGUUCUUUAGUUCAACAAAAGAAAACUAAAAGCGCUUUAACUAUUUAUGCUGAAACACCCGGAUUAAAAACCAUUAGAAAAAAUAAUUUAGUUCAAGGUGGAUUAAUAUCUCCAUACAUGAAAUCGGCAGAUGAAAAUAAAACAAGAAGUAAUAUCCAGGAAGAAAAUAAAAGAGAAUCAAUCGAUUCUAAAUCUUAUUUAUCUUAUAAUGAUAAUUCAGAAAAAAAAUCAUUAGAUAAAUCUAAUAUGGAGAUAAAUGAAAAAAAUGAAUACAAAAAAAAAAAAGAGGUGGAACAAAAGAAAAAGGAAGAAGAGAAAAGAGAAGAGGAAUCAAAAGAGGGAGAAGAGAAAAAAAAAGAAAAUCAAGAAUUUAUAUUAAAAGAAUUAAACAAAAAUGAUGUGUUAUUGAAAAAACAAGACAUAAAGAAAAAUAUGUGUAAUGAAUUUUUAUCUGAAAAUAUCCAUAUACAAAAUGAUAAUAAUUUAGAUAGAAAGCAAUCAAUAAAAAUUUCUAAUGACUAUCAUUUAGAUGAGAAAAAAAAUGAAAAAAAAAAUAGUUUAGAAAAUUUAAUUAACAAUAGCAUUCCCAAUGAAAAUGAUAAUUAUGAAGAAGUUAAUUUAAGAGAGGCAAAAAAAAGUUUUGAAAAUAUAAAUGGUAACAUAUAUAAAAUAAAAAAAGAUUUGAAAGGAUUAAGUAGUAUACCUAAUUUGAAUAUUAGCAACAAUCAAAAUAGAAUGAAUAACACUGAAAUUUUUAAUAAAAAUAGUAAAAAUGUAAAAGAAAAAAGUAUUAUGAACAAUUGUAUAUAUAAUGAAGUAACUGUAUCACAAGAUAAUAUAUCAAAAAAUAACAUUGAUUAUAAAAGUUACCAAGAAAGUAAAAAUAUUGUUUCAAAAUUUAGCAAUCGAUAUGAAAUAAAUACAGAAGAUAAUGAAAUGUCAUCGAAGAAAACACAUAUAAGUAAUGAAGAAAUUAAAGAAAAAGAAGAAAUUACACAUUUUAACAUAAAUCAAAAAGAGGUAAUGGAGAAACUCAAAAGCACAGAAAUUAUUAAAGAAAAUAAUUUAGAAAAAGAUGAUUUAAAUGAAAUUAAUAUUCGUGAGGAUAAUAAAAAUAAUUUUUCUCUUUGUAAUGAGAAAGAUAUGAAUAACAUAAAAAAAGAAAAAGAAUUAGUUAAUUAUUUUAUAAUUAAGUUAAAAGAAAGCUUAAAUAAGGGAGAUAACUUUGACAGUUUCAUAAAGUCAGAGGUAGAAAAAAUUAAUUUGUUUUUUUCAGAAAAAAGAGACUCUUUAGAAACAUUAUAUAAUAAGUUAAAUGAGUUAAAAAGUGAAGAGGAAGAAAAUAAUAUAUAUAUAAAGGAUGAAAUGGAGAUACAAGAAAAUGAACUUAACAAUAUUUUAUAUGUUAUAAAUAUUAAAAACAAAAAAAUUAAAAAUGAAAUAGAAGGAUUUAUUAAUUCAUUUAACACUUUGAAGGAAUUAAAAAUUAAAAGCGAGGAAAUUAUUACUAUUUAUAAAGAUAGAGAAAGUAAAUUUUUAAAAGCCAUAAAAGAAUUAGAAGAAAAACAGAAAAAAAAAAAUUAUGUAUUUAAAAAAAAAGAAAAACAUUAUAAAGAAAUAAUUAUAAAAAAAGAGAAAUAUUUAAAUAUGGAAAAAAUGAAUAAUCAAAAACAUUUAGAAAAUUUAAAAAAACAAGAAAUGUUAUUAAAAGAAGAAUUAAAAAAAAUUGAAUUAGAUACAAAGAAAGAAAUUUCUAUUAUGAAAGAAAAGUUUGAGAAAAAAAAAAAAAAAGAAAUUGAAAAUUUAGAAAAACAAAAGUGUGAAAUUAUGAAAAAUACCUUGGAAAAAGAAAUAAAUAAGAUUAAAGAAGAAUUUAAAAUAAAGUAUGAGGAAGAGAAAAAAGAAGAAGUCGAAAAAGUAAAAGAAUUAGUUCAGAAUAAUUUUAACUCAAAGUUGGAAAAAUACAAAGAAAAAAUGGAAAAAAGCAAAAAUAUAUUUAUAAAUAAUUUAAUUAUUGAAAAGAAUAAUGAGUUGGAAAUGCUAAAAUCUAACAUGGAGCAAAUGAAAAAUGAAGAAAUUUUUAAAUUAAAAGAAGAAAGUGAUAAAAUAAUGAAUGAAAAUCUAGAGAAAAUUACAAGAAAUUUGCUCGAAGAAGAAAAUAAAAAAAUUGAAAGCAUAAAAGAGGAAUAUGAAUUAAUAAAAAAUAAAGAAAUCGAAUCAUUGAGGAAUGAAUUAAAUUUAAAAAAUGAAGAUCUAAAAAAUAUGGAAAAAAAAUUAAUAAAUGAUAAGAACAGAGAUAUUGAAAGAAUUCAGAAGCAAUUAGAAAGUAAUUAUAAUGAAGAAAUAAAUAAAUUGAAAGAAGAAUUAAACAAUAAUUACGAAAUGAAAAUUGAGCAGAUAAUUGCCGAAAAAGAAAAAGAUAAUUAUGAAAAAUUAAAAGAUGAAGAGAAAAGGUUAGUUCAUAUUUAUGAGGAAAAGUUAAUGUUGCAAAAAAAUGAACUAGAAAAGAUGUUAAAUGAACAAAGACAAGAAUUAAGAGAAAAUAUAGAGUUAGAAAAGAGUAAAGAAAUAAAAAUUUUAAAUGAUAAAAUUGAUAAAUUAGAUAUUGAAACAAAACUAUUAAAUAAGCAAAAAAAAGAACUUGAAAUAAAUUUAUCAUUAUUAAAUGAAGAAAAAAUAAACAUUUUAAAUAGAAAUAAGAAUUUAGAAGAUAAUUUAAAAAAUAGCGAUGAUAUCUAUAAAAAAAAUAUCGUAAUAUUAAAUGAACAAAAUUCAAAAUUAGAAAAAGAAAUGCAAAAACUUAUAGAAGAGCAUACAAAAGAGUCGGAAGAAAUUAGAGAAAAAUUUGCAGAGAUAUUAGAAGAAGAAAUCGAAAGAAUAAGAAAUGAAUCUGAAAAGAAGGUUGAUAAUUAUAUUAAAUUAUAUGAGCAAAUAAAUGAAGAGUAUGAAGCAAGAAAGAAGGAAUACAAUGAUUUACUAGAUAAAGCAAAUUCAAGUAACAAGGAUUUAACUAAAAAAUAUGAAGAAAAUAUACAAAAAAUAAGUGAAUAUGAAGAUAUGAUUAAGGUACUUGAGAAUCAAACAGAAGAAAUCGUUGAAAAAAAAAUUAAAGAACUGAAUGAAGAAUUUGAUAAGAAGAAAGAAGAUUUUGAUAAGGAAAAAAAAGAUUUAUUAAAAAAUUAUGAAAAUUUAUUAGAGAAUAAUGAAAAAAUAAAGAAACAAUUAGAAAGACAAUCUAGUUUAUCAACAAAAGAAAAUGAAGAAAAAAUUAUGGAAAUAAAAAAAAAUUAUGUAAUUAAGGAAAAGGAAAUGAAGGAGGAUUACGAAAAAUUAAUGAAUGAUUUUAAUGAACUAAAAAAUAAGAAUAAAGAACUAUUAGAAAGUUUAAGCAAGGAAAAAGAAUUAAAAGAACAUUUUGAAAACAUAAGUAACGUUAAUGCUGAAUUUAAUAACAAAAACAAAGAAUUGAAUGAUGAAAACAAAGAAUUGAGUGAUGAAAACAAAAAAUUGAAUGAAAAUAUUACCCAAAUUAAAAAUGAAAUGCACGUCUUACAGAAUAAAUAUGAUGAACUUAUCAGUGAAAAUGUGCAUUUAAAAAAUGAUGAACAAAAAAAAUUAACAGACAAAUUAAAAAAUCUUGAAAAUAUUAAUAAAAAUUUAAUGGAAGUAACUGAAAAAGAAAGAGAAUUAAAUUUAAAAAAUGUAAAUAUUAUUAAACGUUUACAAGAACAAAUAAAUGAACAAACAAAAUUAUAUAAAGAAUACGUUGAUGGAUUAAAAGAUGAGAUAGCAAAUUUAAAAGAUUUAGAAAAUUCAAAUUCAAGUAAUUUAAAGUUAAUAGAAGAAAAUAAAAAGUUAAAGUUACAAAAUGAAAUUAUAACUACAAAAAAUGACACUAUAUCAACUGUUUUAGAUAAUUUAACAAAAAGAUUAAGUUUUAUAGAAACAAAAAUUAAAGACAAAGAUUACGGAAUAGAGGUUAUAAAACAAGCAGACGAUUUACAACUACAAGAAUUUAAAUAA